UUCAGUGCUGGUCAUUCUGUCAACGCGCGCGGCUGGAUCGACGAUUGAGACGGUUGACAGCUGUUGGCUAUCGGAGAAGAACCUCGAACGGAAAGUUCUUACCGGACGGAAUCCCGGCUUGAUCAAAUACCAUUUGGCGACGUCAGGGCAGCUCAGUCUUCGGUUGGACGUGAUCGCGAACGGUGUUGCUUCAAGAACAUCAAGUCCCAAGGGAAGGUACUAAGCUGAAUAACUUACCACUGCUGUUCCACUGCAACUGUCCGAGGGCAAAGAAGGAAGAGAAAAGUGCAUUGUAAAUGAGGUGAAAAUUGCGGUGGUCAGUUCAGUUGAUGAUUGGCUGUUGCGCGGUGUUGUAGUGUUUUGAUUAUUGCGUACUCGUGAAAAACGGAAGCUUGUGGCCAAAAACAGAACUGUGAAGUCCGAAUUGAUAGUGAGUGUGAAGCGAACCGACGAAGCAUAUCAUAUCAACCCACCAGAGUCUGAUUUGGAAAGUGUUGGAGCAGAGCAGAGUGACAACAAAAACAAUAACAACAUCAAUAGCAACAAUAGCAGCAGAGAUGGGCAAACCGACAACGAAGAGUGGCAAUUUUAUGCUAAUAGCAUCAAUUGUGAUAUUAUCAGUAAUACCAAAUGGACGAUGUCAAGAUUUCGGUUACGAUGGUGAAAAAGGACCAUCCCACUGGGGCGAACAGUACAACAGUUGCACCGGCAAGCACCAGAGCCCGAUCAACAUCAACUCGCUGGACGUGAAGAAGGUGAACCUGCCACCGUUGGUCUUCGAGGGCUUCGACGUGCCACCGCAGCAAACCAAUCUCACCAACAAUGGACACACGGUGGCCGUCACCAUGAAAUCCGACCACAUACCGACGAUCGCCGGAGGCCCACUGAACGGAACGUACCAAUACUCGCAGCUGCACUUCCACUGGGGUGACAACGAUACGUUCGGCAGCGAGGAUAUGAUCGAUAAUCACAUCUUUCCCAUGGAGCUGCACGUGGUGUUCUUCAAGCAGGAGUACCGAAAUGCCAAAACGGCGUUGGAGCACUCGGACGGUCUAACGGUGCUGGCCUUCUUCUACGAACUGGCGGAAGUGGCCAAUCCCCUGUACGAGGAAUUCGUUCAUCUGCUGGGAAAUAUCACCGAAGCUCACAAAUCGGUCACUUUCGCCAAUCCACCGUCGUUGAGGAAUCUGAUCGCCCAUGAUACGCUGCACUACUACACCUACGAUGGAUCGCUGACAACUCCGCCGUGCAGCGAGGUGGUGACGUGGAUCGAUUUCAAGGAACCGAUUCUGCUCUCGCAUUCGCAGAUUCAGGCAUUCCGUGCCCUCGAUGACGAGGAAGGCCACCCACUGACCCACAAUUUCCGACCGAUCCAACCGCUCGGCGAUAGGGUGGUGCUGUACAACACGGACGAGAUCGUCAAGGAUGUGGACCUGGCGGAAGUGGACGUUCCGCCGAGCGAAGUAGAACAGAAUGCCAUUGAUGAUCCGAAGCAGGAGGAGAAUGGAGCUAAAGGUGCCGAUAGCAGUCAAAAUAGAAAGGGUAAGGACAAUGGAGCUUCGGUGCCGAUGGGAGUCAGCUGGAUGGUGCUGGCCGUGGCUAUGGUCGUCAGUUCCUGCGGUAACUUCUAGACUGGAUUGAUGUAGGAGGAAUGCAGCAGACUUCUCUGAUUAGGAAAUAGGGAUGAAUUUAAAUUGAAACAGGAAUGAAAUUUUACUGGAGUGUAAAUACGAUGUUGAGCAUCCGUAGAAAAAAUUAUAAAUUAAACCAAAUUAAAUUGCUAACAUUAGAUUCAGUAUUGCGUAACAGAUUUCAAAUGAUGCUAUAUUAUUAAAAAUAAACUGACAACUAAGACAGGGUGAAACUACAAAAAUAUGAAACUCGUCCUCAUUGAAUAGAAUUCGAAAAACAAAAAUCUAGAGUAAGGUACGAUGAAUGGAGUAGACAAAAAAAAACAUUGCCUCAUAAGAUACCGUAAGUUGUAAGGUCAACCAAA